CUUGUCCUAACCCUCCACUUUGCCUCUCCUCCAUCUGAACACUCGGGGCUGCUCUCUGCUUGGACAAGCCUGGAUCUGCUAGGCUCACUCUGCCAAGCCAGGCUGUGAGGCUGUUCCUUCCAGCCUAGCUGUGAGGCUGUUCCUGCUGGUGACUGAGUUCAGAGUGUGUUAUUGCUGGAGGAGAGACACUCACCAGCCUCUUGUUUGCCUCAGCAGGCGGAGAGGAUCUGGUCUGUUGCAGGCGCCGAGGUUCCCAGAGGUUGAAGAUGUCCACCAUGGUGUACCUGAGGGAGGAGAAGCUGGAGAAGCUGUCCCAGGAGGAGAUCAUCUCCAGCACCAAGCUGGUGAUCCAGGGUCUGGAGGCGCUGAGGAGCGAACACAACUCCAUCCUGCACAGCCUGCUGGAGACCAUCCGCUGUCUGAAGAGGGAGGAGGAGGCCAGCCUGGUGCACGAGAAGGCCAGCCUGCUCAGGAAGUCUGUGGAGAUGAUCGAGCUGGGCUUGGGGGAGGCACAGGUGAUGAUGGCUCUGUCCAACCACCUGAACACAGUGGAGUCUGAGAAGCAGAAGCUGAGGGCCCAGGUGAGGCGUCUGUGCCAGGAGAACCAGUGGCUGAGGGACGAGCUGGCCAACACUCAGCAGAAGCUGCAGAGGAGUGAGCAGAGCGUGGCCCAGCUGGAGGAGGAGAAGAAGCACCUGGAGUUCAUGAACCAGCUCAAAAAGUACGACCAGGACCUGUCUCCCACUCAGGAGGAGAAAGAGGGCGAGGCUUCCAAGGACUCCCUGGACGAUCUGUUCCCCAACGAUGAAGAGGAACCAGGCCAAGGCAUACAGCAGCAGCACAACAGCGCGGCGGUGGCUGCGGCCCAGCAGGGGGGUUAUGAGAUCCCGGCCCGCCUCAGGACCCUCCACAACCUGGUGAUCCAGUACGCCUCCCAGGGCCGCUACGAGGUGGCCGUGCCCCUCUGCAAGCAGGCCCUGGAGGACCUGGAGAAGACCUCCGGACACGACCACCCCGACGUGGCCACCAUGCUCAACAUCCUGGCCCUGGUCUACAGGGAUCAGAACAAGUACAAAGAGGCAGCCCACCUACUGAAUGACGCCCUCUCUAUCCGGGAGAAGACCCUGGGCCGGGACCACCCCGCCGUGGCCGCAACGCUGAACAACCUGGCUGUGCUGUAUGGGAAGAGGGGGAAGUACAAGGAGGCUGAGCCGCUGUGCAAGAGAGCGCUGGAGAUCAGAGAGAAGGUUCUGGGUAAGGACCACCCUGACGUGGCUAAGCAGCUGAACAACCUGGCCCUGCUGUGUCAGAACCAGGGCAAGUACCAGGAGGUGGAGCACUACUACAGCCGUGCCCUGGACAUCUACGAGGGCAGACUGGGCCCUGACGACCCCAACGUGGCCAAGACCAAGAACAACCUGGCUUCCUGCUUUCUCAAACAGGGAAAGUACAAGGAGGCUGAGAUUCUGUACAAAGAGAUUCUGACUCGCGCCCACGAGAAAGAGUUUGGCUCCGUCGAUGCUGACAACAAGCCCAUCUGGAUGCACGCUGAGGAGCGGGAGGAGAUGAGCAAGGGCAAGCACAGAGACAAUACUCCCUAUGGAGAGUAUGGAGGCUGGUACAAGGCCUGCAAAGUCAACAGCCCCACAGUGAACACCACCCUGAGGAACCUGGGCGCUCUGUACCGCCGCCAGGGCAAGCUGGAGGCGGCUGACACCCUGGAGGAGUGUGCCACACGCUCCCGCAAGCAGGGCGUGGACCCCAUCCAUGGGGCGCGUGUGGUGGAGCUCCUGAAGGAGCGAAGGGAGGCUCCGCCCAGCGUGAAGUACGACAGCGGCUCGGAGACGGGCGAGGAAGUGAGUAUGGGCGUGGAGUGGAACGGGGACGGCAGUGGGGCCCUGCAGAGAAGCGGCUCUCUGGGGAAGCUGAGAGACGUGUUGCGUAAGAGCAGCGAGCUGCUGGUGAAGAAACUCCAGGGGACCAGCCCCCCCGCCCCCCGCAGCACCACCAUGAAGAGAGCUGCCUCCCUCAACUACCUCAACCAGGCCGCAGAAGACGCCUUCCAGACUGGGGCUGGCGAUCGGCUGAAGGAGAGUCGGGGUUUGAGCUCCAGUACUGUCGACCUGAACAGUGGGUACUGAGCUCAGCUUCCCUGAAGAUCCACCUCUGUAACCCUGAACCCACCUCCCCUCUAAAACCAUCACCAAGGAUACACUCCCCCCCCCCCCCCCUACCCCAUCACCAAGGAUACAGGCCAGACCUCUGGACAGCUGGCCCACAGACCACCCAGCCAUCCUCUCUUUCCUCACAGAGCCUGUGGCCCAGACCUGCCCCUGCUUCUCCACUAGAGGGCAUCAGAGACAACAUGUCGACCCUCUCACCAGAGGGGAAUCCUCUCCCACCUCAUGGUAGUUGACACUGGCUACAGAUCCAUAUAAAAACAGUUUUGCCAUGACUGUUAUCUUCUAAAAGGAAUAUUUCCAGUGGAAUGUUUCUGCAUUAUGCUGCUGUCUUCCUGUGCCAUUUAGAAGUAACUGUUUCACUACAUGUACAGCUGCUUGGUUUCUUUUAAUGUUCCCCAAAUUAUCGUAUGUGGGAAGCUGGAUUUUGUUUAUUUUGUUUGUGUAAAUCACAACCUUAACAUUUUACAGCAUUUCCUUAUUGUGAAUGCUUUUGAACUGUUUUUAAAUAUGUAUUCCAUAUUUGGCUGUAGAGAUUUAUCUGGGAGCGAGGUGUUUGCAUAGAGCUUUGGAAAUUGGGUAGAACGUUUAACCAAAUGGAAAUCUAGCAAUACGUUUUCUUAAACUAGAAUAAGAUGUUUGUGUUCUUGUGAGAUUUGAAAGUGGAAUCCGCAAGGGAAAAGAAAGAGAGGUCGGCCGCGAAACACCUGGCGUAGAGACUGGGAGGCAGACGCCAAGAAAAUGGGCUACACUUGGGGACAGCUUGAGAUGUUGGCUCAGGACCAAGAUGCUUGGAGAGCUCUUGUUUGCGGCCUAAGCCCCAGAAGGGGUAGUAGGCGAUGUUGAGGUUUGAAAGCCGAGAGACGCAGCCUCUCUGAGGACCACAGCCUCUCUGAGGACCACAGCCUCUCUGAGGACCACCGAGGAACUUUCUGGAAGGAGAUUCUGGUAACGGUUGUGUUCAGGCACUUUACUGCUGUGGAGAUCUGAUGAGACGUUUAGAAACAUACGGGACAUCUUGCACAACUCUUGUAUGGGUCUGUUUAAACUAUGGCCAAUUAUGUUACAAUAUGGGAUUUUUUGUUGCAGAGAUGUAUUUUGUUAUCUCUAUAUUCUAUCUUGUGGUAAAUAUGCAGGAGAUAAGCAGUAGUUGUGUUUCUCUCCAGCAUGCUCCCUCCCUCCCCCGUCCAUAACCAGGUGGGUAGGGAUGCAGUUGUCCCUGUUCAAAUGACUCCUCUCAUCCAUAAAGUUACAGCAUGUUAGAUAUCAGGUAUUUAAACGGGAAUGUGUGUUGGCAGGGUAUGCUGGGAUUGGGCUGGUUCCUCUGGGUUUACCAGCCCCGCUUCUGUCAUUAAAACAUGAAAUGUUGAACCAAAAA